UACAGAGAAACAGAGUCUCAUCCUGACUUCAGCUCUGAAAUCAAACCCAUCACACCUGAGAGGUCUGGGCCUGGGCGGGAAUAAACUAGGAGAUUUAGGAGUGAAGAACCUCAGUGAUCUACUGAUGAACCCACAGUGCAAACUGGAGACACUAAAUCUGAGGAGUUGCAGUAUUACAGAGGAACAGAGUCUCAUCCUGACUUCAGCUCUGAAAUCAAACUCAUCACACCUGAGAGAUCUGGACCUGAGUGAGAAUAAACUAGGAGACUCAGGAGUGAAUCACUUAUGUGACGUACUAAAGGAUUCACACUGUAAACUGGAGAUAUUGAGCUUAAGCCGCUGUGAACUGACGGAUGAAGGUUGUUCUGCUGUGACUUCAGCUCUGAAAUCAAACCCAUCACACCUGAGAGGUCUGGGCCUGGGCGGGAAUAAACUAGGAGAUUUAGGAGUGAAGAACCUCAGUGAUCUACUGAUGAACCCACAGUGCAAACUGGAGACACUAAAUCUGGGGAGUUGCAGUAUUACAGAGGAACAGAGUCUCAUCCUGACUUCAGCUCUGAAAUCAAACCCAUCACACCUGAGAGAGCUGAACCUGAGCAGGAAUAAACUAGGAGACUCAGGAGUGAAUUACUUAUGUGACGUACUAAAGGAUUCACAGUGUAAACUGGAGAAACUACACCUAGAGGACUGUGGCAUUACAGAUGUUUCUGCUUUAACUCAGUCUUUGACGAACUCAAAUGCACUGCAGUUUUUAAAAGUGCUUGAUCUGAGAGGCAAUAAGAUCAGAGACUCAAAGCAGCUCAGAGACGUGUUACGAGACUCAAACUGUACAGGUGAGUAAACAUCAGUGAUGAUAAAGAUACUUUCAUUAUCUCUGACAGUCUUUCAACAUUUGUGCAAGGAAAAUAUCAUUAAGUUUUAUUGAAACUAUGUGGGCAAAAUUUAAAUUGAUUGAAAACCAGUAAAGCACAAGCCCACCCCACAGCUAAUUCAACAUCAUUGGCCAAUCACAGUCUCCUGCCAAGAAAGAUCAGACUUCAGAAAAAAAACUAAUACUCACUACCAUGAUGUGCUACAUAACUUCUAGUAAGGUAAAAACAAA